UUUUACAAUGAAUCCGACGGAAUUACUUGAUUCUUCCAUUGAAUCAGACGAGGAUAAGAUUCGAAAGAGCUACGAUCAUGAGGACUUGAAAACAUUCCUGGCCAAAUCGUCUAUAAAGGAUUACUUUCCACGUGCACUGCAAAUAUCAGAUUGCAAUCAGCUGCUAACCUAUUUGCAGGCGACUUUGUCCAGAUAUGAUUGGGCAGAUUUUGAUCUGGAAGAGAUGCUUGAUUUAUAUAUUCUGGCCAUAAUGAUGAUGACAUACGAACAGGACAAUUUUAUGGUCAUUGAUAAACGCUUCACGCUAUUAGAUACUGUCUCCAAUUUAGGAUCUAUUCUUUAUCCAGACCAGAUUGAAUUUAUUGCCAAUGGCUUGUAUCAGAAGUUUGUGCAAGGCGUGGGAGCCAAGCGUUUGGAAAAUUUCUUGAAUAUGCAGGCGGCCUUUCCCCGUCUAAUGCUCUCAUCUGGAUCUGGCAGUGACGUUGGCCAGGCCCUGCUUCUGACCAUCUUGAGCAGAUACACCAAGGUCCCAGCAAGACUGCAAGUGACUGGAAAUGCGCGUAAUGCAUUCGAAAUGGCAAAGUUGGUCAACUGGCAGCAGCUGGCGAACUCUGAUCAAUACCAUGACAUGUUCAUUCUGAUGCGCUCGUUUUUCCUCGUCAUAAAUAUGUGGAUUAAUCGUUACGAGUUUCUCGAAAGUGAUCUUGGAGCGGUAAUGCGCACAUACUUCCUAACCGUGUGCAAGGUAUUGUGUAAAAAAACCGACAUCGAAUCAGACUUUGCCAUGACGCUGGAGCGAUUCAUUGCCCUCUGCGUUGUACGUGCAGCAAGGAUACAUGAACCCUAAUGGUCCCUAAUGCUAAGAGAUUACCAUAAGUGUAUUUUUUAUUUGUCGUUCCAUAUGGAGGAUAUCCAAGGGGCUGGGUACCAAUCCAGCUGCAGAUGCAUCCGCAAUAAAUGUUUUUAUAAAGUUCUCAUGGGAGCGUAUCAGUAUACACA